AUGGGGGGUGGGGGAGGAGGAGGGGGGUUGAAAUAUUCCUUUUCUGAGACCAACAAGAAGAAGAAAUGUCAGUUAGGAGUGGAACUGGUGGUGACACUACAGAAGCCGCCUCCCCCCCCCCCCACUACCGAUAGCGCCGAUCAUGGGCUUCAGAUCCACCCUCCAAAGCCAUCACUACCGUUCAUUCGGUGAGACCUGCGUCGAUUGACGAGAGUCUCUCGAUUGACACCGAUGAUCCCUCUUCCGACGGCACCACGUCCGUUAGAUUCAAAGUCCUUCCCAUGGACCUCAAGUCAGAAAUAACGUCUCGAAAAAUUAAACAAAAGCAUACCUUUUUAUGGUAAUCUGUGCCGAUCGGAAAUUACUCUGUUUCCACGUGGCAGAUAGAUCAACGUCCCCGGGAUUGUUUUCUCACAACGUCUAGUCCUGACGUCACCAAGGUAACCGUUGCCGACACCCCGCCCCCAUAUGGGCUCAAAUGGGCCGGCCCAAACUUCAUAUUCGGUCUCGGUCGUUGGAAAUGCAGCUUCUGUUACCGGGUCGUUCUGGUACCGACCCGUUUGAUCGAGAGGAAAGUUGACGAUUAGAAGACGUGUGAAUCGUCGCCGCUCCGCCACCACUCCGUCGGAGCGGCGGGCUCCCGCCUGUUCCCCCGGCGGCGCACGCAGGGAAAGAAACCCUGAACGAGUUCAAGAAGAGAGAGGUGGGGGCGGAGAAGUGCAGAGAAGAAGAGGACUUAGAUUCUGUGCCUUACGAUGGAGGCUUGGGCUUCUUCUGCCUUGGAGAGGGCCGAGGCUUGGGCGAAAUCGUGCCGGGAAAGCCUUAGGUGCGGUUUGGCGGAGUGCGGCGUCGGCGGCACCGGCGAUGAGGCCCUCCAGCGCGAUAAUCCCGUAAGCGACUUGGCAGACCCCUCCACCCUCUUUUUCUCUCUCUCUCUCUCUCUACUCUCUCUCUCUCUCUCUCUCUCUCUCUCCUGUCCGUUCUUCUUAUCCGGUCACAUCGUGGAGAAAUUCGUCGGGCAGUCCUGCCGUAUGAGACGUGCGCAUUGCAUCUUUCUUUAUUUAAUAUGAUUCGAACUAACUUCGUAAUGUUAUUUUUUAAUUUGGUAAAAAUCUAAUCAUGGAAAUGCUUGAUCCAGGAAGGCCUUUAGUUUUACUGUUGAUUUUUUUAUAAAAAAAAUAUAUUUUAUUUUUAAGGGUUCGAGCUCAGCUCUUGCAUUUUAUUAGAACAAUAUUGCAAGAAUAACAUGGUUUAAGAUGAGAUUAGAACUGUCUUGAGCUGCUUCAGACGCAGCAUCAUUGUAAAUCAGAAUCACAUUGAACUGUGCUGGGCUCGUGGUGUUAUGAAAUUGGACUAAACGUGUCUAACGGACUAAUCAAGCUUUCGAAAAACGCUUCUGAGCUUUCCAUUCCUCGUAGAUGUUUGUGUAAAUUGGUGCAAAGACCGCCCAUGCGCAGGUAUCUGCCAGGUCAGUCCAUAUCCCAUGUCACAUCAGAGCUCGACUGUUUUUGCUCUUUUUCUUCUUGACUCAGAUCAAUAUCCUCAAACGCCUGCAACGGGAAGCAUUCUGUGAGUUGAUGAAACUGCGGGACCGGCAGGAGAAGGUCGAGCGGGCCCUUGCCUUCUAUAAGACCGGUAAAGGAAGCCCAUUUCAGGAGACUGGUGGUACCCGCAUGAGGGGGGUAGUCUCUGUGGCUGGGGCAUUGCCAUUUUCGGGGAGUGAUGAUCAAGAGAGCCCCUCCCUUCUAAAUAUGGCUGGAAUCAGGACUGGCGUUGACUCAAGAUUCAUCUUCGAGACUGUCACCAGACAGAGGGAUACUUUAGUUGCAGAGUUUGUGGCCAGGCAAGACGGCCCGUCUGCCCAAGUCAGUAAUGUUCCUGGAAGCCAACUGACGUUAUCCAAGGUGUCUUAUUUGGCCAAUAUAAAUGACUGGCUAUCCUUGGUAUCGGUUCCUUUUGGUGCUCGAUGCCAAGACUUCAGUUUUGGCUCUUACCCAUCGCAGGUGACUUCAUCAAUUUUUAUUUUUUUAUUUUUUUAAUUUGGUCUUCACAUUCCCAUAUUCUUGUCCUAAAAUCAUUCAUUUCUACCAUAUAUGUGUGUGUUUAUUUAUUAUAAAUAGCAGGGUUUGAUGGAGCCUUCUUCAUUUGAUCCACCAUUACUGAAUCGAUAUCUGGGUUGUGCCGCUGGCUUGAGGCUCAAAUGCUCGAACAUCACUGCCACUGCUUCUCAGUCUGUGUCAAGGCAUCUCGGCGCCUUCGGGCAGUUUGACUUCCAACUCCUCGAGGGAGCAAGGGUUUCCGCAAUGGGUCUCUGGCAGGUGUCUGGAUCGCCACCUCAGCGGAGCCAGGCCAUCCAAAUGAGCCCAUUGGAGCCGCUUCCAAGCUCCCAAGCGGAGGACGAACAGCCUUCAGGGAGGAGGCCCGGAGCAGGCGAUUCAUCUUCUGGGUCUGCUGCCGUGGUGCUGGAGUCAGAGUUGGAUGACAGCAGUAGAAUCAGAGGCUGGGUUGAAUGGGUGAAGCCCGAUCUGAGAAGCUCAGAGCAGAGUCUUCAGUGGGGCCUCUCUCUAUCGGAUACACCCGAGGAAGAGGUGGGAUGGGGCCUAGCCGUCGGAGGGGGGACAAGCAGCAGUCAAAGGCGGGUUCAGUUCGAGGGCUUCCUGAAUUUCUGCAUAGGGAAGAGGUUGACUUUGCAGCCUGGCCUGGUGUACACUGUGGAUGGGAAAACCCAGUUUCCGGCCCUUGUGGUCAGCUCCAGAUGGGCUCUGUGA